AUUUCCGGAUUUUUGACAGUAUCCAACGUGUAUGAAAGUAGCAUGAAGUUUUGUUCGCUGUGUGCUCGAUGAAUCUGUUAAAAUAGUGUUUCUUUGAAUAAAAAGUUUCAAUCAAAUAAAUUAUUAGGUUCCAUAGCUGUUAUUUAUUUAAUAAACAUCAAUCGAAUUGAUUUAUAUCAAUAAAUUAUUUAUAAAAAUGGAUACUAAAAUGUGGUUCGCUAUCACUGUAGUUUUUAGUAUGGUAUCAUUUAUUACAGCAUUAAAAGAAGGAGAAUGCGAAGUAUGCGUAGUUACUGUAAAUAAAUUUGCCGAAACUUUAACAAGUGAUGUUAAAAGCGAUUAUAAAAAAAUAGAAUCAGAGUUCAAAGAAUUUUGUAAAACUACAAAGUCUAAAGAAAAUAGAUUUUGCUAUUAUUUAGGUGGUUUAGAAGAAUCAGCGACAGGGAUUUUGGGAGAACUUAGUAAACCUUUGUCAUGGUCUAUGCCAGCAGAUAAAAUAUGUGAGAAACUAAAGAAGAAGGAUGCACAAAUAUGUGAUCUACGAUUUGAAAAACAAAUAGAUCUUAGAACAGUUGAUUUGAAAAAGUUAAAAGUAAGAGACUUGAAAAAAAUAUUAAAUGAUUGGGAUGAAUCGUGCGAAGGAUGUAUAGAAAAGACAGAUUUUAUUAAACGGAUUGAAGAACUUAAGCCUAAAUAUUCGAGCAGUUCUAAAACGGAGCUUUGAAGAGAACUCUGAGAUAUAAAUAAAUAAUUAAGAUAUCAUAACUGAAAUUGUGCAUUAUUCCAUUGUUUGGCAGGAAAAUUGAUAGCAGUAUUUAAAAUACGUGUACAUUUAAUAUUUAUAUAUGUACUUUUGUUCGAUAUAAUUUUCUUUUCUUUUUUAAAAAAUGUUUCAUUUGCAAAAGAAUAUUAGAAAUUAUUUAAUCAGAUUACUUUUCUUGAAUAUUGUAUUAGUUUAAAAAAAAUCUUUAUCAGCUUUUAAACAACUCAGCAGUUACAUCGUUAGGAUAUUUAAAGACAAAUUUAAAAAGCAAUAAUAUGCUAACUAUUUAAUUAUUUUCGUUUCUUCUCUUUUUUUAUUCUGACGAGGCUAAAUGAAUUUAAAUUAAGGAUUAUCAGAUGGUGCUUCAUUUAUACAAUAUUUAUAGAUAUAAUUUUUUUGGAAUGUAAGUUUUUCAAA